AUGAGUUUGGCCACGAAAAGGGAGCACUCUGGUGAAAUAACAGACCCUUCAUUCAAGAGGCAGCAGCGAAAUAACAAGCUCAGCUCAGAAUAUACUUGUCUGGGCCAUCUGGUGAACUUGAUACCCGGUAAGGAGCAAAAAGUCGAAAUAACAAAUAGAAACGUUACUACCAUCGGUCGGAGUAGGUCGUGCGACGUCAUACUGAAUGAACCUGAUAUCUCGACUUUCCACGCUGAAUUUCAUCUGCUGCAAAUGGAUGUGGAUAACUUCCGAAGAGAUUUGAUUAAUGUUAUUGAUAAGAGCAGAAACGGGACCUUCAUUAAUGGUAACCGUUUGGUGAAGAAAGAUUACAUCCUAAAAAAUGGCGAUAGAAUUGUCUUUGGCAAAAGUUGCUCCUUUUUGUUCAAGUACGCAUCUUCAUCGUCUGCUGAUAUCGAAAAUGACGACGCAAACGCAGGUUCAGAGAGUCGUUCAUAUAAGAACGACGAUGAAGUUUUCAAGAAACCGCAAAUAAGUACUGCAAGUAGCCAAAAUGCUAUUACUGGUUCUGCCAUUAGAAAACCAAAUAAGACAAAGCCUGUCUCGUUCUUUGAUAAAUACCUAUUAGGUAAAGAAUUGGGUGCAGGACACUAUGCCCUAGUGAAGGAGGCUAAAAACAAAAAAACUGGUCAACAAGUAGCGGUGAAAAUAUUCCACGCUCAGCAAAAUGAUGACCAAAAGAAGAAUAAGCAAUUUAGGGAGGAAACUAACAUUCUAAUGAGAGUGCAACAUCCGAACAUUGUUAACUUACUAGAUAGUUUUGUAGAGCCAAUCAGCAAAUCUCAGAUCCAGAAAUAUUUAGUGCUGGAAAAAAUCGACGAUGGUGAAUUAUUCGAAAGAAUCGUCAGAAAAACAUGUUUGAGACAAGAUGAAUCGAAAGCUCUAUUCAAACAGUUGCUAACCGGGUUGAAGUACCUGCAUGAGCAGAACAUUAUUCACAGAGACAUAAAACCAGAGAAUAUUUUAUUGAAUAUAACAAGGCGUGAAAAUUCAAGCCAAGUCCAACUAGGCCCAUGGGACGAAGAUGAAAUUGAUAUCCAAGUUAAAAUAGCGGACUUUGGCCUAGCAAAAUUUACAGGAGAAAUGCAAUUCACAAACACUCUUUGUGGUACGCCAUCUUAUGUAGCGCCCGAAGUUCUCACAAAAAAAGGAUAUACGUCAAAAGUAGAUCUUUGGAGUGCUGGUGUCAUAUUGUAUGUCUGUUUAUGCGGUUUUCCUCCGUUCAGUGAUCAAUUGGGGCCACCUUCAUUGAAGGAGCAGAUCUUGCAGGCUAAGUAUGCCUUUUACUCUCCGUACUGGGAUAAAAUCGAUGAUUCAGUGCUACAUUUGAUAUCCAAUCUUUUGGUCCUAAAUCCCGAUGAAAGGUACAAUAUUGAUGACGCUUUGAACCACCCUUGGUUCAAGGACAUACAGCAGCAAAACUCGGUCUCGUUAGAAUUACAGCGUUUACAAAUUACCGACAAUAAAAUACCCAAAACAUACUCUGAAUUAUCUUGCCUCUGA